CAACUUCCGUCCGCCAUGUUGCAGUGAGACAGCGAGAUUUGUGAGGAAAAGUUGCGCUUUCAGUUCAGGUGCAUCAUGCUGUCCACACAGGCUUUUGGAGAAAACGGAAAGAUGAAGGAGUAUCACUACACCGGGCCUGUAGAGCACAAAUUCUCUCCUUACGCCUUUAAUGGAGGGACUGUGCUGGCGGUGGCUGGAGAAGAUUUUGCUUUAGUGGCGUCCGAUACACGUCUAAGCGAGGGCUACUCGAUCCAUAGCCGAGACUCUCCGAAGUGCUAUAAACUGACAGACCAGACAGUGAUCGGCUGCAGCGGAUUCCACGGGGACUGUUUGACGUUGACCAAAAUCAUCGAUGCAAGGCUCAAGAUGUACAAGCACGCGAAUAACAAGACCAUGACAAGUGGAGCGAUUGCAGCAAUGCUCUCGACCAUUCUGUACGGCAGGCGUUUUUUCCCAUACUACGUUUAUAACAUAAUCGGUGGACUUGAUGAAGAAGGUCGUGGUGCUGUGUACAGUUUUGAUCCAGUCGGAUCCUACCAGAGGGACGCGUACAAAGCCGGUGGCUCAGCAAGUGCGAUGCUGCAGCCCCUGCUUGACAAUCAGAUCGGAUACAAGAACAUGGAAAAUGUAGAGCAGCUGCCAUUGACACUGGAUAAAGCUGUGCAACUGGUUAAAGACGUGUUUAUAUCAGCUGCGGAGAGAGACGUCUACACUGGAGAUGCACUCAAGAUCUGCAUCAUUACCAAGGAAGGCAUCCGGGAGGAGAAUCUGCCGCUCAGGAGAGAUUAAAGGGCAUAUAUGACUGUGCCUUGGAAUUAAUAUGUUCACUCAGAAUAGUGGUUUGUCCUUUUUGUAUACUUGUUCAAGAAUAAAAAUACAUAAAAUAUGGAAAAA